AUGAAGUUUUCCUACGCAAUUACCACCAUGGCAAUGUCCUUGUCAUUUGUGUCCAGCAAUGGCUUUGUUGUUUUGCCACAACAACCCUCCACUUCCACUGCUGUUGCUUCGAUGGUCACCACAGCGGCUCAUGUCCGUCGUGCCCACAGUUACGAAGAAUCCCCGUCGACCGUGUUUGAUCGCAUGGACAAAGAUGGCAAUGGCAAAGUCGACGCGCAAGAAAUGAGAGACUAUCUGGUGGACACGGGUGUCUGUACCGAUGCCGUGGCCAAGUCCAUCUUUUCUCGGUUGUCUCGCCAUGGUCAUGUCGAUGUGAAGCAAUUGGAAUGCGCCAUGACGCAACACAACUUGCUGCGACAGCAGCAACCACCCGCACAAGUGACAUUUCCUAUUCAGACCAAGACCGUCGUCAAGAAUAAUAAUAAUAACAACAAGCGACGCAACAACAAAACAGACAAGAUCAAGAUGUACCAUCAACAAGCCAAACAGUUCUUUGAAGCCCUCGAUGUCAACCGAGAUGGAUUCAUCUCGCUCCAAGAACUGCAGCAACACUUUAUCGUCAAGCGAAUGGAACUGGUCGCACAAAAGUCCAGUGGCUUGUUCGCCGACAAUGCCAAGAAGCACAAGUCUGUCAAGAGACCCGAUCUCUUGUUGGCGGAAUACUCCGAAGCGGCUCUUCAGAAACUGUUUCAAACGAUUGAUAUGAAUGCCGAUGGACGCAUCUCACUUCAAGACUUACGGGAAGCCUUUGUCCGGUAUCCUUCGGUGCGUCAUGCGUUUCAAUCAUAAGAUAGAUAGAUAGAUAGAUAGAUAGAUACAUUGUGCAGGUAGGAAAAAGAAGAUCCACACAAACAGACGAAAAUGGCGCACUCGGCGACGACGACAAGGCAACCGGGCAGAAGAAUCACAGGUUCAAGCACACCAAAAGAAAGACGGGCGAAGAAGCAGCCGGUCUCCAGAGGACCUGCCCAUUAGCUCUAUGAACAUCAAACAAAACACACACAAGAGGAAUGGGCUCAAGUUGGCAUGGACUAGGAACGCAACCCUGCGUACUGUACCUGUGGCUUCAUGUAUGUCAUUGAUAAUCAAAUAAGAACUAGAGAAUAGCUCAGGUUUGGAACAUCUAUGUUUACUUGUACACUCUAGCUAGCUAGCGGCAGCGGUAGCCUCAAAAGGCUGCUGGGAAGAUCAGACCAAGCUCGAAGACCAGUAUGUGUCUCCGAUUGCAGUCGAAAACCCGGAGGUACUCCAAGGAAGACCAACCGCCCGAUUGCUUGCUGGCUACGCUGUAGUUAGCGCCAGAUGUCGCGUACAGGUACGGUGCAAAAACGUUCCGAAGCAACGAAUUCUCCAGGGUAGGCCGAUUCAGAGUUCCUUGCGCUUGAGUAGGUCGCAGACGACGAGCAGUCCUUGGACAGAGGGAAAACUUAGCCACCACGGCGACGAAUGAAAAGGCAUGCUGGAGUUGACACUACCGGUAUGGUGCACACCAGCCCGAAGGAGCUGGAACCAUCGAAGGAGGCAGCUGGAACCAUCAUGGUAGCCUAGCCUAGCUAGCCAACGAUGUCAGCGGGUGCUGUGGGUGUUUACGUGUGCCAGACUGAAGGCAUGGUUCGAUUCGAUUCAAUCGCUCGUACUACCGUAUGGACCGCUCAACAAAACGAAAGAAGGAAUUCCCUGCAUGAAAAGGCACUGCUAGUCUACUCGAGACCAAUGUUGCUGCUCGAGCGAUCGACGAGCACUGGGAGCUCGAGAAUUAACAAGAUUGCGUCGGCUCGGAGCGGUUGGCUACUGGUACAAGGAGCUGCAAACACUGGUCCCGUAGCAUACCAGUACGGUCGAAACAAUAGUUCGGAGAUGAAGGAGCUACGAUGGCAGCAACGACCGGCUCCCAACUCCAACGACGGCAACAACUGCUUUGCUAUGAUACCGUUGUGCGUACCGUACCAAAACCGUACCGUACCGGUACCGGUACCUCGUCUUCACAAGCUGGUCAGCCCAAGCCAAAUCGACGACCUACUAGUACGUCAUUUUGCCUUUAUUGGCUUGGUGAGAAGAGUCUGUCUGGCUACCCUACCGGGCUCGAUGUUGCCGAACCCUUGAUGCAUCGUUGUUCCUCCUAGCUAGCCAUCGCGUCACAGCGCCAUCCGUAUCCCAUUCACACUUCCGGUUCAUAUCUUUUUGUUUCGGUACUCUUUCGCCACAGUCCUCUCUGCAGCAAAAGAUCCACCAUCGCUUGGGCAGGGACCAUCAAACAAUCAAACCUGCCCCAUUGUUCCGUUUGAAGAUGGGGGAACCACAAAAGGAAGUACCAGCUCCUACAGGCACCCCACAAUUUGCUACCACAGCUCUACAGGAGAACCCAAAUUCCUGCUCCGCCCCAAACUAGUUGAAUGGAUUGUGCUCCGUCGAGAGUUCAUUCAUUUCUUUUCUCACAAUCCGACAACCUGGAAAAAGAGAAAGGGCUUGCCUCCUCCCUCUGCCGGCAGGCAAGGCAGGAAAUCACGACCAUGGCGUUCCCUUUUUGACCCGGCGCCGGUCUCGAAGCACAGACCAUGGCGUUCUGGUUCCGUUCUUGAAGAAGUCCUCACCAUGAUGAAGAGUCGCUCGGGAGUGUCUCGUUGCGUUGGAACCAUUGUCAAACCAACGCUUGGAGCCACUUUUCACGCUUCUCCUCGCCAUCGGAGCAUCUUCGUGAUCAGACAACGCAAGAUCAGCGACCCUCAAGAACAAGUCUAACAAGUCGACCACGCGCUUCCUUGACCGACACCGAACUCGAAGGUGCUGCCCCAUGAUGAAGAGUCGCUCGGGAGUGUCUCAUUGCGUUGGAACCAUUGCCAAACCAACGCUUUGAGCCAGUCCUCGGUCGAUUCCUCGUCAUCGGUCGCCAGGAAAUCACCGACCAUGGCGCUUCCUUGACCGCCGCCGAACUCGAAGCCAGCCAUGGCGCCGCAUUUGACUGACGCCGUCUCACGAUGAAGAAUCGCUCCCGACUGUCUCUUCGCGUUGGAACCAUUGCCAAACCAAUGCUUGGAGCCAAUCGUUACGCUGUGCUUCGUCGUUGGACUUCCGUCAUCGACAACCCAAGAUCAGCGACCCUCAAGUCUUGAACAAGUCUUCCAAGUCGACCAUGGCGCUUUGUGUACUCCCGUCCCCUGCUGAUCGCUUUGACUGGUUCUUUGUGUUGGAAUGAUAUCCACCACCAACGCUUCGAGCCACCUUC